AUGGGUCAUUUGCUCCUUCGAGGAUGGAUCCUCGCCGCAUUCCUUUUGCAAUCGAGCCUUGCUGCUCCGUCCGAGUCAGCAUCUGUGACUCCUAGUCCAAUUGCUACGGUGACACCUACUCAUCAUCGCCAACACCACUGGACUCAUCCAUCACGGCCCUUGCCGAGCCGCAAGCCAUGCAGCGCUCGUCCUUCAUCGUCCCCAUCUUCAUCAGCCAUUCCGGUUUCAAGUGUGGUACCCUCAAGUGUGGUACCCUAUUCAGUGUCAGCCAUCAGCUCUGUUCCUAAUGCCUCUUCCACUCCUUAUGUGAGGCCAUCCCCCAGUCACUCGCCACACUGGACCUAUAGCCGCAGACCUCUGCCGCAUCGCAGCCCAUGCUCUUCUUCUGCCGGAGCUAUCUCAACUUCUUCAAGCCUUGUCUCCACUCCUAUUUCUCCAGCCUCCACUGCUCCUACUGUAGUCAUCUCUUCUAGCGCAUCGCAAUCCAGUGUGUUGUCUGCCACUCAACAGGUCUCUUCCUCCCAGGGUUCUUCUUCGCAAGUCAGCCUCUCUGGAUCCUCAUCUGCUUCUACAACAGUUAUUGUUGGUGUUUCUACAUCUGCGCCAACUCUGUCUCAGUCGGGCUCUUCUCUGGCAGGCACUACUGGAUCUGGAUCUUCCACGGUGCAAUUGACUACAUCGACGGUUCUCUCUACUCGCACAGCCACUAUCACCGCAUGCCCCUCUACAGUGGUCAACUGCCCUGCUAGCUCAAAGACAACCUUUGUCACCACAGAGACAAUCGUUGUCUCCACCACAAUCUGCCCUGUCACUGCGGCCGAGGGCAGCAGUGCUACUCAGACUGUGCCUUCUUCUCCUUCUGCCACUGGAAACACUGGAAGCGCUGGCUCCGUCACCAACGGUUCCGGCAACAAUGGCUCGGACAUGACUACCUCCACAGUCUACAGCACUCGCACUGCCACCAUCACUGCAUGCCCCUUGUCGGUGACCAACUGCCCAUUGAGAUCCAAGACAACGUAUCUGACCACCGAGACUUUGGUCGUUUCCACGACUGUCUGCCCGGUGGCAGAUGCCACUGCAACCGCCACCGCUGGUGCCGUCGCUACUCAGAGUGCCACCUCGCCGGUCGUUACUCAGAUUGUUGGAGGCAAUGGUAACCUUGGUUCCCAGCUCACCACUUCCACCGUCUAUGUUACCCGUACAGCUACCAUUCUUGCCUGCCCUGAAUCUGUGACCGACUGCCCCUUGAGAUCCAAGACCACCUCUGUCACUGUUCAGACCGUGGCUGUUGCGACUACCGUCUACCCUGUGUCUCCCGAGUACACUACCAUUAUUGUCGGAGGCGCUGAGGCUGUAGCUGCUACCGCCACCGUUGCCAAUUCCCAGGCUAAAGAGACUGGGGCCUCAGCCCAGGGUGCUACUAGUGGAUCUGAAUCUGGCGCUACCGGUGCGACAAAGUCUGGGGGUUCAAUCUCUGGCUCUGGCGAAACCUCAAACGCAGGAACCACAUACACCACCACUCUCGCCGUUGAGUCCUGCUCCGAUGAUGGUACAUGCACAGGCUAUGUCAACACCAUUGUGAUGACCCAGACAGGUGUUGCUCAAGCUACUGGAAACCCGGCUCCUUACGUUCCUCACUUUACCGCCGGUUCUCUAGGCCACCCCAGUGCCUCUGCCUCUGCCUUUGCUUCUGCCUCCGCUUCGGCUUCCUCGGCUCCUGCGUGGGCUCAGGGCACAUCCCCUAGUGGAAUGACCACAGCCGCUGCUUCUACCUCCAGCAGCGCCGUGGGCGCCACUUACACUGGUGCUGCCUCCGUUGCUAGCCAGUUCUCAAUGAUUCAGGUAAUUGUUACAUUGGCUGUGAUGCUGGUGGCAAUGCUUGGCUAA